AUGCCCAAAGCACCGAAAUUCCGAAAGUUUGCCGCCGUUAAAAAGAUCAUCAAUCCGAACGAUGCGCGACUGAAAUCAAAUCAACAGAAGGAGGAAGAGAAAAAGAAGAAAGAAGAAGAAGCUCAAAAGAAACAUGUCGCUCCACCACCAACAUCGAUGUUCUUGACUCAUAACACAGCCCUCGCACCCCCAUAUCGAGUCCUGGUGGACACCAACUUUCUCAAUUUAUCGCUGACCAACCGGAUCGAUCUCAUCAAGGGGAUGUUGGACUGUUUAUAUGCGAAGGCGAUCCCAUGCGUCUCGGAUUGUGUUCUCGCCGAGCUCGAAAAACUCGGUACUCGGUACCGAUUAGCGCUCAAUCUGGCCAGAGAUCCCCGAGUCGAACGGCUGCCUUGCUCUCAUCGAGGCACAUAUGCAGACGAUUGCAUCGUUCAACGGGUUACCGCACAUCGUUGUUAUAUCGUCGCUACAUGCGAUAGAGGUCUCAGAAGACGUCUGCGGAAAAUUCCUGGAGUUCCAUUGAUGUUCAUCAAAAGGAAACAGUAUGCAAUCGAAAGACUCCCCGAUUGUGGGCUUCCUUCUUGA